AUGGUGCUCCACAGAGCCAUUCAGGCAGCUCGAGAGGGGGAUGUGGAGGCUCUGAGGGCCUUGCAUGUGUCCAGAUAUCUCAGUCCGACCAUCACAGAUGCCCAGGGAGCGUCUCCCGUCCACCACGCCGCCCGCUGCGGGCAACUGGACUGCCUGGAGUUUCUGGUGAAUGAAGGUUGUUUCCCCUGCCACACCCGUACGAAGAAUGGCGCCACGGCCGCCCAUGAUGCUGCUGCCACCGGGCACGUGCGGGAGCUGCAGUGGCUGCUGAGACAGAGGAAGUGUGGGAUUGAGGAUCGUGAUGGCGAGGGAGCGACGGCCCUGCACCUGGCUGCCCGGUUUGGCCAUGCGGAGGCAGUACAGUGGCUGUUGUUUGAGGGAGGAAGCACAGAGGCAGAGACAGAUUGUGGAGCUCGACCUGUCCAUUACGCUGCAGCCAGCGGAGACCUCACUUCCCUCAAACUGCUCAUGUCCUGCUCCCCACGGUGUGUGGACUGCCAGACAGGAACUGGGGCCACUCCACUGUAUCUGGCCUGUCAGGAGGGGCAUCUGCAUGUGGUUGAAUACCUGGUGAAGGACUGCGGUGCAAACGUCCAUGUGCAGGCCAAAGAUGGCAUGAGUGUGUUGCAUGCAGCUGCCCACAUGGGACACUAUGCCCUGGUGGUCUGGCUGGCCUCCUUCACAGAUCUGGAUCUGUCCUGUCAGGAUAAGGGUGGAGCCACAGCACUGCAUUUCGCCGCUAGCGAGGGCCACCAUCGUAUUGUGGAGCGUCUUUUACUGAUGGGAGCAAAGGUCCUGAAAGACCUCUGGGGUGGGACCCCCCUGCAUGAUGCAGCGGAGAAUGGAGAACUAGAGUGCUGCCGAGUACUGCUGAAUAAUCACAUCAGUCCACUGGAGAGAGAUUCCGAUGGGUUUACUGCAGUGGAUCUGGCAGAAUACAAUGGCUAUCAUGACUGUGCCAACUUCCUCCAUGAUGCUGAUGCUCAUUCUGCAGAUAUUGUUCUCAUAGAGGAGGAAAGGACCUUGUUUAGCACAGCUGACCCCUACCAGGACAUUAAGGACCUGUCCUGUGAACUUGGACAUAGUGGCAGGAUGGAAAAUAGCAAGCAGCCGGUGAAUGAAGUCCCUCCCCAGCCUCGUCCCUCUCCACCAUACCCGGAUAACUCAUCCGCAUUACUGGCCUCCUCACAGGCUAAGAGAGCCGGAGCUGGAACCAUACAGCAUAUGCAAGUGGCCUCUACAGUUGUAACUUCAUUCAACAUGAGGAAACACCUUGAGGAAGAGGAGGCCGUUUUAUCCCAAAAGUCAAUGAGGUCGCUGAAACAAGCAGGAAUCACUGCAGUCUUCACUGGACAAACAAUCCAUAAAGGACAGAGUGGAAUUGUUCCACUUGCAGCAUUGGAGGCAAAUCUUGCAGACAUUGAUUCUCUGAUCCCAACUCAUGAUGAGAACGGGAGGCCCAUUGCUGAAUGGAAGAGGCAGGUUAUGGUGCGCAAGCUUCAGGCUCGACUGCAGGACGAAGAUGUCCACAGCAGAAAAGACAACAGCGACCAACACAUUGAGGUGGAUGGUUGGAGGUAUUCCCAAGUCCACAAUGUCAUUUUGGGCCCCUUUGGAGAACUGCUUACUGAAGAUGACCUGCUCUACUUGGAGGGACAGAUUGAGACUAUCUCCCUUCAGAAACGAUGCCAGGCUUAUGAACUAGAGCUUGCCCGACUGGCAGAGGAACUCAGGGCCAUCCUUCCUGCUCCCAUCGUUAAUAUCACCAUCAACACCCAGUGCCAGCAGCUCCCAGACAUGGAGGAAUCUCUGCCUCUUCCUGUGUGGUACAAUCGUAUCUCAAAUAUAGUAAAGAGCAUGUCAAACCUCCUGACAAACCUCUCAGAAACAAACUGUGAAGAUGGGAUCAGUAAGAUGCCAAACACGGAUCUGGCAUCGGGACAGAUUGAGACUAUCUCCCUUCAGAAACGAUGCCAGGCUUAUGAACUAGAGCUUGCCCGACUGGCAGAGGAACUCAGGGCCAUCCUUCCUGCUCCCAUCGUUAAUAUCACCAUCAACACCCAGUGCCAGCAGCUCCCAGACAUGGAGGAAUCUCUGCCUCUUCCUGUGUGGUACAAUCGUAUCUCAAAUAUAGUAAAGAGCAUGUCAAACCUCCUGACAAACCUCUCAGAAACAAACUGUGAAGAUGGGAUCAGUAAGAUGCCAAACACGGAUCUGGCAUCGGUCUUCACAUACCAGCCCGAGAGGCAAAGUUCAAUCAGAGGACGAAGACAAAAGGUGGAAAUGGAGAUCCAGCAAUCAGGAGUUUCUGUGAGAAAUCUGAGGUCCAACUUUGAGGGUCAGAUAGGAAACAUCUACCCAUUUUCUGGGCUUUUAAACAACACAUCAGACACAAGGCAGCAAAAGUUGACUACAUCAACAAAUCGUAAGGAGCAGCAAAUGGGGACAACGCAAAGCACUGACAUAAAGCACAUUAAUGACAGUGCCAUAAAAUGCCAACAGGCACCAGGCAAAGAUGCAAUUAAAGUGAUGGAGACCACCUGUUUGCGGAAGGAGCGUAUUGUUGUCCUCUUUUUGAGCCACUGGAAAAGGUCUGCGUAUGCAAUAUCAAUGCGAGCCAAGAUGAAACAAGAGCUUGGCACUCUUACAGGAGAAGGAAUAACAGCUCCAGUCUCCAAGCCAGGAACCAGAUCACUGUAUCAUCUUUAUAGGCAAAGAACCACAAUAGACAAGAUGAUUGGCAACUGGAAACGCAUUGCCUCUGUGGUCCCUACACGACAGAUCCGGAGCCUCCAAAGGAAGCGUGUGACCUACUCGCCCGAACAGUUCCUUCCUCGUGUGGACGGCGCUCCUGUUGCUUACGACAGCCUGACCCUUGACCUGUUCAUGCUCGGCUAUUUUCACAUUCUUGAGCAGGACCUCCCAGCUGAGGAGCGCAAGAUGAGGCACCUGCUAUGCUUUGAAGUGUUCGAUCACUUAGGGAACUUUCCCUGGGACAUGGUCCGAGACUUCCACCAGGCUGUCCUCAGGGAGAUUGAGGCUGGGAGACGUGAGUGGAAAGAUGGCUUUGAGGACAUCAAAACGCAAUAUUUUGGGAAAAGAGAAAAUGGGAUAUCUAAGGAAUCCGUGAAGAAUUCUUGUGCUGGGGUUAAAGCUGUGCCGCAGGUUAUCAUCGAGAAUACUGUAUCAAAUGAUGGAGGACAUUCCAGCAGAGAUGGAAGCAAUGAUUUCUCAAUGUUUAACAAUGAUGAAAUUUGUAAAUAUAUUGAUCGUAGUUUCACCUUCUGGAAGGAGAAAGAAGCAGAGUUGUUUGAUUUUUGA